UACAUUUUUCAGUCAUAGCACAGCUGGGGUUUCGGUGACGGCACAUUACUGAUUUGAGUAUCGUUAUAUUUUUCCGCCUCGUAACGUAAUACAAGAUGCCAGAGGGAAACGGCAUUUGGCAGCUUUUCGUCAAGGGCCUACGUGGAGAGACAAACGUUGUGAGGAUCCACAAGGAUGCCACAGUAAACGAACUUAUCAACAAAAUCAGUGAGAUGAACGGCAUACCUCCGACAGCCCAGCGCAUCCUCUACACAACCAAACAGCUUGUGUAUGAUGACGAAGAGAAGAAAUACCUGUCUGACUACAAGAUGGAGGACCAGUCCAACCUCACCGUGGUGCUGCGUCUGAAGGGAGGCAGCGACACCGUGGAAGACUUGUCUCCUCCGCCCAAACAACUGGACGAAGACGUCGAGACCACGGAGGCUCCUGAUAUGAUCAGUUGGGAGGAUGACCCCAACACUCCCCGCGCCAAGAUGUCCUGCGGACACGCCAUCACCCCGGAGACACUCACCACGUACUGCGAGAGUCUGCUGAGUGCAGGGAAGUACAUCUUCAAGUGUCCUUACAUCAGUCCAACUGGGGGCUACUGUGGCAAGGAGUGGACCUAUCUGGAAGUCCGUCGUCUCGCCGUUCUCACACCAGAUGAGAAGAAGCAGUUCGAGACCAAGAUCUCCGACAACUACCUCCGCAAGGGGAUGGGAAUCCAGGAGUGUCCCAAGUGCCACUCCUUGUGUGAGCGCAUCAACAAGAAACACAAGCGCGUGGUGUGCCCGCUGUGUUCGGCCUCUGAUGGCGUGGAGUUCCACUUCUGCUGGCACUGCCUGCACCAGUGGGUUGGGGGAGGUAUUGAGAAGUGUGGCACCGCCGGCUGCAGUGGCGAGGACCCGCGUCUGAAGAUCCUCCGCGACUGCAAGAAGAAGACCAUUGUGGGUGUCCAAGGCUGUCCCGCCGUCAGGGCCUGUCUGAAGUGCGGCAUGCUCAUCGAGCACGAGAAGGCCUGCAAGCACAUGGCCUGUGUUUGUGGCCAGAAGUUCUGCUUCAUCUGCCUGAAGCCCGCACAGAACGGAAGUUACCAGUGCGGCAGUUAUGACAGCAAGUGCGAAAUUGCCGACGUGCAGAAGACCAUUCCUGGUGACAACUAAGACGGCUUUUACGCGUGGAUUCAAAGUACAAAAUGUAAUUGACAGAUAGCGGUUUAAAAACAGAAUAGAUGAUAAAACACAAAACUGAUAUUUUAGUUUGUAAAGAAGAAUAUCGUUAUGGACAGUGACAAUAUUGUAAGUCCCUAAGACAAUGUAUGAAAUUGUCAUAUGUUAAUCAACUUGCAAAUUCUGUUCACCAUUCGUAAACAAAGGUUACGUGAUGCCCUUUGUUUGUGUUGAUGGGAAGGUACCCAGUUCUGUUUGAUAGUCUUUGGAAAUGCUUCUGAUUAUGACAUUUUGGUAACGUAAGGUGAAGAGAUAAUACAUGUAAUUGAUAUUGAAACUAGGAACUAAUCUGUGUAAACAAGGAGUUCGUUUUUCAAUUCGCCUGUUUUCAAAUCUCUAACUUCGUUUUCAAAAACACUUCUGUCUCCAAAGUUGGAAACAAACGGAAAUUUACUAUAAUGAACUGGCAGAAACAGUCCAAUACCCGUACAGCUAACUAGAAAAUCCGUUUGAACUUUUAAGGAUCGUAUGUAAAUGUAACUUAUGUAUUCUAUUCAUAAACGUAUCUCUGACUCUGUUAUAUGUUACGUGUUGUGGGCUUUGGAGAUUCCAUGGACAUCAUAAGACAUAUAUCAAUAUUUCAUGCAGAGUAGGACGUUAUAUGUAUAUUUAAUGAAUAAAAAGAGUUAACAAAUCUG